AUGACCGCAUCGCUCGGUGACUCCCUCAUCGACCUCAAACUGACCGGGCCCGUUCUCUCCUCGUUCAGCGCCCUCAUAUUCCCUUUGCUUUCGCUCCCGCGCGUCGCCGCCUUCCGGUGCUUGCUGGUGGGACUCCGUGUCACGUUCGGCGAUGUCGACCUCGAAGCGAUCGCGCGCGCGUGGCCUGGACUCACCCAACUGGACGUGCGAGACUGCCUCGCGGGAAUGGCGCCGAUCCCUGCGGAACCGGCACCGACCUGGGCGGCGGUGACGCACUUGCUAGAAACGUGCGUGAAGCUGCAGACGCUGCGCGUCCCCCACCUCGACGUCUCUCACGCUGACGAGCCGUCCAAGGCGUUCCCGCUGGUCCGGACCUUUGAGGCGUCGGAUCUGGUCACAAAUCGGAACGUUGGCUCGCAAGGUGGAGGCAUUGUUUCUGGAGCUGGAAGUGGCGGACGUGGUGGGCGCCAUGCUGGCGACGCGGAACGUGUCAUGAGCGAUUCACCGUUUCGUGAUGCGGCUGGUCUCUUCCACCCGCCCGGCGCACCCACUAACACCCCUGAAGUCGAGGACUCCGCGCCGUCGUGGCGCGGCACGUUUCAUGCGACCACGGGCGUCCAUCGCGGGCUCCUCCGCGAGAUCGAGAGGCUACUACUUACUAAGCAACGACAUGCUUGA